CCCAACGUAUCUUGACUUAAGAAAGCUUCUUUGUACCCUCCCCAUGCAAACACAAAAAAGCAUGAAGGACACGCUAAUGGUGAUAGUGACCACAUUAAGAGCUCACUGAAAGGACGUAUUCGGACGGUAAAAAAGAUAAUCAAUAAAUAAAAAUGUCUGACAGAAUCGUAGAUGAGGAACCAGUGGCUGUCACUCACACAGGACCAAAGGGUGUCAUCAAUGACUGGCGUAAAUUUAAACUGGAGAGCAUGGACCAGGAGGCGCUGCCUCCCAGCAAGAGAGAGCUGAUAAGACAGAUGUCGUCCCCCCACAAGCCCAGAGACUCCUGUGUGGGUGGAUUCAAUCGCAAGAUGAGCGCUCAGGAGUACGAGCUGAUAAAGGAAGAUGAUGAGAAAAGUCUGCGUAAGUACCGCAAGCAAUGCAUGCAGGAGAUGCAUGAGCGCCUGAGCUUCGGGCCCAAAUUUGAGGGCGUGUACGACCUUGACAGUGGUGAGGACUUUCUGGAGGUCAUUGAGAAGGAGCACCGUCUCACAGUGGUGGUGGUGCACAUCUAUAAAGAUGGAGUGCAGGUGUGUGAGGCACUUAACAGUUGCAUGGAUUGUCUGGCCACAGAAUAUUCAAGUGUUAAAUUCUGCCGCAUUAGCGCGGCUGCCACUGGAGCUGGCGAGCGUUUCCCAGAUGACGUGCUGCCUGCCUUGUUAGUGUACAAGGCUGGAGAGCUUCUGGGGAACUUCCUGGCUGUUACGCAGCAUUUCAGCGAGGAGUUCUUUGCUACCGAUGUAGAAGCCUUCCUCAAUGAAUAUGGACUGCUGCCAGAGAAGGAAUGUGGCCCUGGAGCUGAUGAGGAUGAAGCAGAUGUGGAGUAAUGAAAGAUGGCAGAGAGUAGGAAUGGAUGAAAUGUAUGGAAGGAAUGUUUUUCUGAAUAUGACAAGAAUAAGUUUCAUUAUUCUUCCAGCUAACAUGAUGAGAUGCAUCCGUGUGCACAUGCAUCUCAGGGUAAAGAUCUCUUUGAGCAUUGUAGAGAAAAAAACUACUGAAUGUUUUGUACAGUACAAGAAAUGGAAUCAAGUCAGGAAAGAUAAUGAGAUAUUAAAUAUAUCAUGUUUUCUCAUAUAAGCAAAUAGACAAUUGCAUGAAUAUGGAUUAGAGAAGAAUUAAUUAGUGUCAUGUGGCAUGCUUAUGCACAUAUUUAUGUAAAUGUGAUUGCAUGUAGCAAAAUAUGAUGCAAAUAAGAAUGGUCCAUAAUCGGUUUUAGAGCUCUUUCUUUCAAAGCAGCACAACAUUGU